CUAAUUAAUAGUAGAAUAAUUUCAAUCGGAAGCAAUAGAUUCAAGUUUGACAAUCUUUUCAAAACAAUAUUAAGAGAUGCAUUCGGAAAGGAAUUUUACUAGUAUUCAAAACCCUAUCUCUCAUCCCUAUCACAUUCACUUAAUAUAGGGAGACAGUUGCAACAAUGCGUAUCUCUCUCUCUCACACACUCAUAAGAAUUAGCAUUUCUGCAUUUGUGAGAGUGAAUUAGAGAAUGGAUUUGAUCUUCCAAACAAGCGGCGGAAAUCCCUUCUGCGUGGAAGUAGGCUACUUCGACACAGUCCUCGAAAUCAAAGAGAAGAUCCAGAAAGAGCAAGGCAUCCCCAUUUCCAAGCAAACCAUAAUCUUCAACGGCGCCGUCCUCCGCGACGACCUCAACGUCCACUACUCCGACAUCCUCGACCGCUCCCGCAUCCACCUCGUCCUCGCCGACUUCCCGCCCUCCAAACUCCGCCUCCUCCUCAAAAUGCCCUCGUCCAAGCUCGUCCCCCUCGAGAUGGACGCAAGGGACACCAUCCAACGCCUUAAGGAGAAGAUCUACGAGAUCGAGGGAGCUCCCCUCGCCCGCCUACUCAUUCAUGCCAAUGGCAACGAACUUCCCGAUCACAAGACCAUGCUCGACUGCGACCUCACCGACAAUUCCGAGCUCACGGUGGGCUUCAGGCCGCCCAACGCUGCGUCGCGACCGACUCUGAUGAAGCUGCGGGUGCUGGCGCAGUAUGGGGCGGAGAAGAUUCCGGUGGAGGUGAACGCAGGGGAUAAUGUGGGAGAGCUGAGAAAGAAGCUGCAGAAGAUGAAGGUCAAUCUUCCGCAAGAAGGCUAUUUCUUUAUUUACAAACAGAAUGUGAUGGAUGAUGAUCGAUCUUUCAGGUGGCACCAUGUUGCUCAAGGAGAUACCAUUGAGGUCUUUAGUGGUAGUGUUUCUGGUGGAUCGUGACACUCAUUUUCUUUUUCCCAAAAUUACUAAUUAAAUUCAGUUAUAGUUUAUUAAUA